UAUUAACUAUACGCCAUUUAGUAAUAAAUCUAUUAAUAAGACAACAUAAAUAAAAUUGACGCCGUAUUUCAUUCGUCAGUAAUUAAUUGAACGACGUGUGUAUGUUGUCCUAAAAAAAGAUGGGUGUCAUAAUUAAUCUAUUACUUUUUACAACAAUAUUAUUGCUUGUUUUGCUCGACAUUGGUGAGUGCCGACGGUCAUCAAAAAAAUUUAACACGGAUGUGUUUUUUUCGUACUAUAAUUGUAAAGGAAAAUUUGAUCACAAUAAAAUACGGAUGUUAGCUUCACUGUGUCUCAUGUGUUAUGACGGAGAUUGGGGAGCGUAUCGUUAUCGAUAUUAUUGCAGUCGUAACUGCUUCCAAACUUUUACAUACGAGGAAUGUCUGCAAAAAUUGACAUUUUCGCAAAAAGAUUUGGAGUCAAUACAAAGCGAUUUCGAGUUCAUAACGAAUAACAGAAAUUUUUUCAAUGGAUUGGUCAAUCAGGUUUAUGGUGUUCUUCCAAACGAAACUACUGACGAAACAACAGAAAACAUAGAUCAUUUAAUGGUUUCUUCAACUAGUCACCGACCGGUAUGAAUUAUAUACUUUAAAAAUCAAAUAUCUUUAUUUUGUUGCAAGAAUUGUAAUGUUGACUAUUAUCUAGGAAGUACAUCCUGUUCAAAAUGUUCACUUUUCACAUUCAAAAACAUCGGUAUCUUGUAAAAAUCGUCAGAAAUCAACGAAAAAACGCAAGGAAAUUCCGCUCUAU